GAGACCGGGCUCAUUCAACAAGACGUAAAGAUAAAAAGAAAACAAGACCCUGAAGUGUUUUGACUUAAUGUGGCUGCUGUCCUUCUGAAACGUUGUCUCUCCAUGUUUUGUGAUUUUUAUUUUUUUCCAUAAAUCAUUAUUCACAGUCUCCUUUUAUGUUUGUCACUGGAUUUUGCAAAUAUCUAACCAAUAAAAAGCAUUUAAAAGUGCUUGUCAACUUUGACAACACAAUAUGUAAUCACUUAAAAAGUACAGUGUUUUUUCCAUUUCCUGAAAAACAGUGAAUUUAGACAUACGAGGUUUCAGAAGGACAGUGACGAUAUUAUAUACUGAAUUGGGGGAAAUCGUAGUUUUAAGAUGUGCAACUCUGUUGGUUUAAGUUUAAAAAUGCUAUAAAAUGUAAUGUAUAAGCAUACAGGAACGAUCAGACUAAAAAUAAUCUCAAACAAGAAAAAAAGAUGUCUGCAGAUUUAAAGGCAUUAAGCACAAAAAUGCUUAAAAGCUACACCCUUCAAAGAAAACAACACGGAAAACUUAAAUACUUUAGCCAAGUUGAAUCAAACUAAAUCUUGAACUUGUCGUGUUUUUCUACCCGCUCCAGUCACCGCCUCCCACCUGUGCACGUGCUGCGAGUUUUCCCAGAGACCCCCUGCCCCUGGUGUGAUGUCUCUCCUCUGCUUUGAAAUUCCUAAGCGCCUUCUGAAGGUGCAACGUCACACCUCUUCUUCUAGGAUAUAUUGAGCUGCUGCCUUCAGCUGUCCGCCAUUCACUCAGGUACUAGAGAACGAACAGCACACAUCUCCUCAGCUUUGGAAAGAUCACAACCAUGGAGUUCAACUUUUCUCCGUUGAUGCUCUACGGAGACCAAUGCCAGAACAAACAUUCCUCCAGCACCGAUGCUGGGUACUACAGCGCCUGUGGCAGCCUUUCUCCAAGUUCCUCCGUCGAUUCUGGUUGUUUUUCUCCUCCUGCGAACUCGUGGUUAGCUGGCAGACUCCACGAGGCUGCUGGAAACGCCGACAGCCAACCUGCAAAUAAACCCAGAACGGUUCUACCACCAGAAGGAAAAAGACGUUCCAGGUCGAAAAAUCCAGGACCGAAGCGCCAGACGGCCAGCGAGAGAGAGAAACUCAGAAUGAGGGACCUGACCAAAGCCCUGCAUCAUGUCAGAAGCUUCUUGCCUCCAUCUGUGGCUCCUGCUGGACAGACCCUGACCAAGAUUGAGACCCUUCGCCUCACCAUCGGCUACAUCUCGUACUUGUCAGCUCAGCUGGAACACGGUCAAGAGAUCUCCAGCCAUGAAAUAACACCACAAAGCUACUCACAAGAGCCAUCAGACAGACUUCAGAGCGGAACCUGGUGUCUGGAUGGAACACAAGAACAGUUUCAGGACAGCACCCGGUACUGUUCAACAUUCACCGCCUUUACGGAUUCAACACAACAGAUGGAAGCAAACUUUCCUUCAACGUCAUACAACAGAGAUGCACAGUCCUAUAUGUUUCCUUGCACAAUGACACAAAAUGCUACAGACUACGGCCAUGCAUUUUUCCAAUAAAGAAGGCCAAGAAGAGAAUUGAUGCCAAGAAAGAUGCUCAUUGUGUGACCUAAAAACUAUGCUUUGUUUAUGUUGUGAUUUCAUUAUUUGUA